AUGUUCCGCAACGCUCUCCGCCAGUCUACCCGCGCUGUCGGCGCCGUCUCUGCUGCCGGCAGGGUCGCUGCCACUCGAAAUGCCGCACCCGUCGCCCUGAACGGCGCCGCCCUCCAGGCCCGUUCCUACGCCGACAAGGCCUCGCCCACCGAGGUCUCCUCCAUCCUCGAGCAGAGGAUCCGCGGUGUCCAGGAGGAGUCUGGUCUUGCCGAGACCGGCCGCGUUCUUUCCGUCGGUGACGGUAUCGCCCGUGUCCACGGUAUGGCCAACGUCCAGGCUGAGGAGCUUGUCGAGUUCGCCUCUGGUGUCAAGGGAAUGUGCAUGAACCUCGAGGCCGGCCAGGUCGGUGUCGUCCUGUUCGGUUCUGACCGUCUUGUCAAGGAGGGUGAGACUGUCAAGCGUACCGGCGAAAUUAUCGAUGUCCCUGCUGGCCCCGAGAUGCUCGGCCGUGUUGUCGACGCCCUCGGUAACCCCAUUGAUGGCAAGGGCCCCAUUAAGGCUGCCGAGAGGCGCCGUGCCCAGCUCAAGGCCCCCGGCAUUCUGCCCCGUCAGUCUGUUAACCAGCCCGUCCAGACUGGCCUCAAGUCUGUCGACGCCAUGGUUCCCAUCGGCCGUGGCCAGCGUGAGCUGAUCAUUGGUGACCGUCAGACCGGUAAGACUGCCGUCGCUCUUGACGCCAUCCUCAACCAGAAGCGCUGGAACGACAGCAAGGACGAGGACAAGAAGCUGUACUGUAUCUACGUCGCCGUCGGUCAGAAGCGCUCGACUGUCGCCCAGCUCGUCAAGACUCUUGAGGAGAACGACGCCAUGAAGUACUCCAUUGUCGUUGCCGCCACCGCCUCCGAGGCCGCUCCUCUCCAGUAUCUCGCUCCCUUCACCGGUGCCUCGAUCGGUGAGUGGUUCCGUGACAACGGCAAGCACUCUCUCGUCAUCUUCGACGAUCUUUCCAAGCAGGCCGUCGCCUACCGUCAGAUGUCGCUGCUCCUCCGCCGUCCCCCCGGUCGUGAGGCUUACCCCGGUGACGUUUUCUACCUCCACUCGCGUCUUCUGGAGCGUGCUGCCAAGCUCAACAAGAACCACGGCGGUGGCUCCAUGACUGCCCUGCCCAUCAUCGAGACCCAGGGUGGUGACGUGUCUGCCUACAUUCCCACCAACGUCAUCUCCAUCACCGAUGGCCAGAUCUUCCUCGAGUCUGAGCUCUUCUACAAGGGUAUCCGCCCCGCCAUCAACGUCGGUCUUUCCGUCUCCCGUGUCGGUUCGGCCGCCCAGGUCAAGGCCAUGAAGCAGGUCGCCGGUUCCCUGAAGCUCUUCCUUGCUCAGUACCGUGAGGUCGCCGCCUUCGCCCAGUUCGGUUCCGACCUGGACGCCGCCACCAAGCAGACCCUGUCGCGUGGUGAGCGCCUGACGGAGCUCCUCAAGCAGAAGCAGUACACGCCCAUGGCUGUCAACGAGAUGGUUCCCCUCAUCUACGCCGGUAUCAACGGUUACCUUGACUCGGUGCCUGUCGCCCGCAUUCUCGAGUGGGAGGCCUCUUUCAUCAGCCACCUCAAGACCAACGAGUCUGAGCUGAUCGCCACCAUCGACAAGGAGGGUGCCCUCAGCAAGGAGCUCGAGGAGAAGCUUAAGAACACCGUCGUCACCUUCACCAAGAGCUUCCUCGGUUAA